AUGACUACGAAAGCAAUAUCACAAACGCGCUCUUUAUAUCGACGCCUCCUCCGCGAGUUGCCGCCCCUUCCUAGCCCGCGGCACAGACACCCACGCAGUCCGAUCCACCAAUCCAUACGGUCGCAGUUUUCGAAACUCUCUGGUGAGACGGAACAAUCAGAGGAAUAUAUGCUCGCGAGACGGCAGGAAAUCGAGCAGUUUAUUGUGUAUCUGCGGGCGCAGAGGAUGUACAACACGCUUUUGGCGCGGUACAAUCCGGGGAUGGGGAUGGAUGAGGAGGAACGGGUGAGGUUGAGUGCUAGGAGGGUGGGAAUGGAGAUGCCUGUCGAGUGGAAGAAAUGA